AUGUUGUUUUUCUCCUUGCUUUGUCUCUGCAUCCUCCCUGCUCUCGCUACAAGCCGAGCUGCUCCUGCAAGCUGGCCCGAUGUCGAGGAUAGCUACUAUGUUCAACGACUCGGAGAGGGCGAUGUCUCAGCGUACAAACCAUAUACAUACUAUGCGAGUGCAGCGUACUGUCCACCGGCACAGAUAAACAAAUGGAAUUGCGGAGCAAACUGUAGAGCAAUUGGGCACUUCGAGCCCACUGGAACGGGUGGUGAUGGAAAGAACAGCCUAUAUUGGUUUGUUGGGUAUGACUCGAAGUUGAACAUGAUCAUUCUUUCACGUCAAGGAAGCUUCAACCCGGGUGGCAUCAACGAGUGGUUUGUCAUGUGCUGCAAUGAUAACAUGAUCAUCUCAAAAUCUGUAGCAUCGGAUCAUCCCCAUGAUCUCGGAGUACACACCGGGUUUGCGGACUACCAGGAGAAGACAGCAAAUGAAUAUCCGACACAACGGGUCAUGGUCGUGGGGCACUCGAUGGGUGCCGCAGUUGCCUUGAUCGAUGCUCUGUACUUGAAGGAGGCCAUACCGAACUUGAACGUCCUCUACACUGGCUACGGCCUGCCACGCGUGGGCAACAACAUGUUCGCACAAUGGGUCCAGUCGAAAGUUUCCAUCAAGCACAUCAAUAACAAGAAAGAUCCGGUACCCAUAACCCCGCCCAUCUCAGGGUCCUAUUACUAUGCGCAUCCGGAGGGCGAGAUACACAUUGGACGCAGGGGGACGUGGUACGCUUGCUGGGGCCAAGACAACCCUGACAAGCGUUGCAGCAGAGGCGCGGUGAUCUCGACCCCGACUGCCCGACUGGCUUGA